ACGAUUUGUUAUUUUUUCAGAAGUUCUAUCGUUUCGUCAACACUGUAAAAUUAGUGUCUCCUCAUCAUUCUGUGAAGGAAAUAGUAAACAAUCUAAGAGAAGGUCAAAUUUUUAGUUUGUUCCAGAAGAGUGUCAAAAGGAAAGCAAAAGAAGAUGCCAGAAAAAGUAAAAGUCAGUCUCAGUUUUUUCAACUUAUACAAGAAAUCCGAAACGUUGUCCAAGAAGAACAAGAAAAACGAACAUUAGCUUCGAUUGACAACGUUGAUGUGGAAACGGUAAUGGAAGCCAACAUUGAUAAAGAUUUUUCUGUUGCUCCAACGAGAAAACUUUCCAGAAACCUAAGACCUAACACACUGUCACUCAACAGUGGUACUAUUCUAUUCGACAAUUCGCAGAGAAGACUGGAACGUCUUCUUCCUCCCCAUCAAGAUGUACCACCGUAUCCAUCAUCCUCUUGUUCUUCCGACAGCACAACUUCAUCCUUACCAAAGACAGCCAAGCGCAUAUUUAGCACUAGUUUUAAUGAACUCCCACCUCCUGCUGUCCAGGACAAUUCAAGUGACAAAAGACAUCCAGGCCUUGCUGAACCAUCGCGGGCCUGGUCGUUUUCCGAUUUGAGGACCUUUGAAAAAAAAGCGUUUCUGGCCGACAUAGAUUUUGAGGCUCGUAAGAAACAAAGAAAUUUAAACAGUGCUUUUUCCAGACGUAAAAGAUUUAAAACAAAGAUAUUUUCAAGAGAACGAAUAGAAGAACUGAAGUUAUAUUCCAUGACAAAAGAAGAAAUCAUUAAUAGAUGGAAAACAUCCGAACAAGAACUCCGAAAUAUUUUGAGACAAGCUUUGCAGUAUAACAAAGAACUCGAAGAAAAGCUAAAAUUCUUGCAAAAGACUUCGAAAACAUUAAAAAGAUUCAAAAACCCAGAACAUUUUCGAAUGGAAUAGAUAAUUACAUUGGUUUCAAACAUAUUGUUCUGAAAUCUCUGGGUAGCACUAUACAAAUGACAAUGGGAGGAAAACAAAACACAACUCCCCCCAUUAACAAAACGGGGUGCAACAACCCCCCUCUUUAACAAGGAUGCCUUUAGGUUGUUUAACAGAGGACCAAACUCCUUCCUGUUGGAAGAAUUCGCAACUUGUUAUCUCUUUACACUAAUUUAUACACCAAAGUCUAAUCUGCUAGAGAACUUAUCAUAGAAAUGUUAAUAUAGUUGUUAGAUAUUGAGAGUUUUUAAGAAUACCUACUCUGGCUUAUUACGGGGUAGCAUCACUAGUUAUAGAACGUAGACAAAAACAAAACGGGUGAAAACAUCGCGAUCACCAGUUUAAGAAACGAAUAAAAAGGUUGCACUUGGAAUGCGUGAAUUACAGUUCUUGGAAAUUAAUAUUUAUUAGUUGAUGUUAUAAAUCUUUAAUAGUCAUGAUAAUUUAUUGUUUGAAGAAUGACUCUAAUGAUACUGGUUUCUUUCUAUGCAUUACAAUGCUAUUUUUGUCGAUAAGUCAGCUGCUCUCCAGACUAAUCACUUACUUUCAUCUCCAUCUAGAUUUAGGUGUACUCAUAGCCAUUGAAAUUAGUAAGUAUGAUAAUUAUUCUCUGAUUAAGUAUAUGAUAGGACUUUUCACCAGCUUAGGACUUGUUUUCUUUUCAUUGCGAGUCGUCAACGGUCAACUGAGUAACGUAGAAAUAUUGUUCGGGUAUUAGUAUUUUCAGCCUUACUGGCACCUCAUGUGCACAAGGGCUAAACUGCCAGAUCAGAGACCCCCCCCCCCAGGGAUUCAGGUAUAGCCGUGUCUAAUUUUAAACUACUGACUAGGGAGAGAGUAUUUAGUGUAGCAGCACCUGUAGUCACAAGGGUUAUGUCCGGAUCUUAGAAUCGAAUAUUGGAUUUUUCUUUCUUUUAAUGCAUUCACAACCGAAAGUACUAAGCGUGUUCAGUGAUAUCGUGCCUCGGACCUUUAAUUCACAGGCCCGGCACUUUAAACCAACAGGCCACUCCCGGCCAGUAUUGUUCAGAAGGUUCCAGUGUGAGGGACGAAAGUCCGCAGUAAAACAAUGAAAACAUAAAUUGGUGAAACUCGGUUCAUUGGUUCGUCAUUUGAUAAUUCACUAGCCCAUGUUGUGACUUUUAAUCGCCAAUAAUCCAUUUCUCUGUCAGACUUAACAAUUGAGAAAUUAGAACAUAUGAUUAUGCUCAAGAAAAUCACCCCGAUACUGUCGUGUUUUGUCAAAAUUACACACUACUUAAACCUUGUCGAUGGGUACAUUACUUGUAAAACAUGUUCUCAAUUUACGUUGCUUUUGUCAUCUUAUUUCAGUUUAAUUAAAUAAUGAUAAAAACAAUUUUGUUAAUUAGAAUUGUUACUAAGAAUUAUUUUGCCACUAUAUAAAUACAGAAUAUGUGGCAAGCAAAGAUGGAAUACUUAUAUCUCUAUAUAUGUGUUUUUUUAUCACUCAGUGAAAGAACGAGAUGGCGAAUUAUGUAACUAACUUAAAAGAACAAGACGGUAAAUUAUGUAACUAACUUAAAAGAACAAGAUGGCGAAUAUGUAACUAACUUGAAAGAACAAAAUGGCGAAUUAUGUAACUAACUUAAAAGAACAAGACGGUAAAUUAUGUAACUAACUUAAAAGAACAAGACGGUAAAUUAUGUAACUAACUUGAAAGAACAAGAUGGCGAAUAUGUAACUAACUUGAAAGAACAAGAUGGCGAAUUAUGUACCUACCUUUUACCUAAAAUUCGAGAAAAUCAACAUGAUGGUGUCCCGUCUGUUCUAAACGCGUCUUCAUUUGAUUAAUUUGAUGCAAUGUUUCCAGAUUUCUGUACUUUUUAUUGCCCAUAUUUACCCCAAAACCAGCCCAAUUUUGGGGAUCCGUGGCUUUCUCCCCUCCCCUCCCGUUACCGCCAUAAAGCAACAAAGAAUCGCGCCCCAAGUUUGGGGUGGGGAUUGCGUUAUAAGAGUGGUGCACGAAAUUCCGGUAUUAAAUUAAGAGUAGCGCACGAGUUGGCGGUAGGUAGUGUUGACUAGUUGCCUUCCCUCUGGUCUAUCAGUUAAAAUUAAGGACGGCUAUCGCACAUAGACUUCUAGUAGCUUCACGUGAAAUUCAAGCAAGAAACAUUUCGAUACCUUUACUAAACCAUUAAGACUGGUAUAUCAUAAACAAUUGGAUACAGAGGAAAACUGCAAACUAAAAUACACUCUACGAAUAUACCUGUUAAAAAUAGCCCAAAAUAGCGUCCUCGAUAAUUCCCACAGCUAUCUCUUCUAGUAGCCCAAUUCUAUGGGAUAAAACCGAGGACUUGGCAACGUUAGAUCCAAUGAAAACAUUUUGUAUGUAUUGAAUCAGCCAAGGGAUCAGUUAUAUAUAUGUGUGUGCUAUAAAAAGUGAGUUAAGUUAUACUUGUUAUUAAGCACAAAGCUAUCUGUGUUGUGCCCACAGCGGAUAACAAACCACGAUUUUUAGCGUUAUAAGCCCUCACAUUUACCGCUGAACCACUGGGAAGGGGAAGAGGUAUUAUAUAACAGAGCAAACCCUGUAAAGAUACAAUGGUAAGUUAAAAUAAUAAUAAUAAACAUGGCACCCUUUUUAUAUCCAUCUUCCUGCUUGUUCCAGUUGCAAUAACAAUAUUAUUAGUGUUCAUCAAUGGUAAGUUAAAAUAAUAAUAAUAAACAUGGCACCCUUUUUAUAUCCAUCUUCCUGCUUGUUCCAGUUGCAAUAACAAUAUUAUUAGUGUUCAUGUCGCACUUUUAGACGAAACGUUGUACUCACAAAAUAAAUAUAUAAUAUUUCCACCAACAGCUAUUUGAAGAACUAUAUGUACGUUUACAGUAAUUAAAUGGAUACCUCUUAAAAAUAAAAUUGUACAGCCGUGUUAGCCUGCACAUUUCGGCUUUAGUUUGUGUGGUUUCGCUACUGUAUAAAACAUGUCUCAAAAUAAACAAUAAAAUAAAACAGGCCAACUGUGCAGUUCUGAAAAAUUAUUAAUAUAUAUACUGUCAAAUUGCUAAUAAUAUCCGAGAGUUAUAUAAAUACAAUACUUUCAUCUUGCGAACAUUAUAUAUAUACAUAGUUAACACGUACAUGUCACUCAAAUAG